GCCGGCUGUGGAACCCCAGCGCGGGAGGAGGCCGCCGGGCGGGAGCCCCAGAGGCCUCUCUGAGCAGCCCCCUCCUCCCUCAGGGCAAGAACCAGCCUGCCAGCUGGGAACCAAGCAUCCGACACCCCCGUGCCUGCCAAUGCGGCCGGGCCCCCGGAAAGCCAGGCCCGCUGCACGCCCAUGUGGGCCGGCGGCGUUGGGAGCCCUCGGCGGGGCAUGGCCCCUGCACCCACUGACGACCUCUUCGCCCGAAAGCUUCGCCAGCCAGCACGGCCCCCGCUGACACCACACACCUUCGAGCCAAGGCCAACCCGGGGCCCCCUGCUGCGCAGCGGCAGUGAUGCAGGCGAGGCUCGGCCCCCCACACCAGCCAGCCCUCGAGCCCGUGCCCACAGCCAUGAGGACGCCAGUCGCCCUGCCGCGGUCCCCACUCAACUCUUCGCUGACCCACUGGCGCUGCUGGGGCUGCCAGCUGAGGAGCCGGAGCCCGCCUUCCCACCAGUGCCUGAGCCCCGCUGGUUCGCUCACUAUGACGUGCAGAGCCUGCUCUUUGACUGGGCUCCACGGCCUCGGGGGACAGGGGGCCACACAGAGGCUGGCUCUGGGACCCUGGCUUUGGCCGAGGACCAGUCUGCCAGCUCAGACCUGCUGCUUGAAGCACCUGGCUUUGUGAGUGAGCUUGGGGGUGAGGGUGAAUUGGGCCUGGGUGGACCAGUGUCCCCACCUGUACCUCCUGCACUGCCCAACGCAGCUGUGUCGGUUCUGGAGGAGCCACAAAACCGAACCUCAGCCUACAGCCUGGAGCAUGCAGACCUGGGUGCUGGCUACUACCGCAAGUAUUUUUACAACAAAGAACACCAGAACUUCUUCGGACUGGACGAGGUGCUGGGUCCGGUGGCAAUAAGCCUGCGGCGGGAGGAGAAGGAGGGCAGCGGAGGGGGCACUCUACACAGCUACCGUAUCAUCGUGCGGACCACACAGCUCCGGACCCUCCGGGGCACCAUCUCGGAGGAGGCACUGCCCCCAGGGCCCCCGAGGGGCCUGUCCCCAAGGAAGCUUCUGGAGCACGUGGCACCUCGGCUGAGCCCAACCUGCCUGCGCCUGGGCUCAGCCUCACCGAAGGUGCCACGCACGCUGCUCACGCUGGACGAGCAAGUGCUGAGCUUCCAGCGCAAGGUGGGCAUCCUGUACUGCCGGGCAGGCCAGGGCUCCGAAGAAGAAAUGUACAACAACCAGGAGGCAGGACCCGCCUUCACGCAGUUCCUCAGCCUGCUGGGCAAUGUGGUGCGGCUCAAAGGCUUUGAGAACUACCGGGCCCAGCUGGACACCAAAACGGAUUCCACUGGUAUGUACUCACUCUACACCGUGUACCAGGACUACGAGAUCAUGUUCCACGUGUCCACAAUGCUGCCUUACACCCCCAAUAACCAGCAGCAGCUCCUUCGGAAACGCCACAUCGGCAACAACAUUGUGACCAUCGUGUUCCAGGAACCGGGCAGCAAGCCUUUCAGCCCCACCACCAUCCGCUCACACUUUCAGCACGUGUUCCUGGUGGUGAGGGCACACGCGCCCUGCACUGCACACACUUCCUACAGGGUGGCUGUGAGCCGCACCCAGGACACCCCGGCCUUUGGUCCAGCCCUGCCCCGAGGUGGAGGCCCUUUCCCAGCCAACGCCGACUUCCGGGCCUUCCUGCUGGCCAAGGCGCUCAAUGGCGAGCAGGCGGCAGGCCACGCACGCCAGUUCCAUACCAUGGCCACACGCACGCGCCAGCAGUACUUACAGGACCUGGCCACCAAUGAAGUGACCACCACGUCGCUGGACUCAGCUUCUCGCUUUGGCCUGCCCUCCCUGGGCGGACGGCGGCGGGCGUCCCCUCGGGGCGCGGGCACCGAGCUGCAGGCUGCGGGCGCGCUGGUGUGGGGAGUGCGCGCGGCGCCAGGGGCGCGGGGUGCUGGCGGGGCCCAGGCGGGCAGCCCCGACGGCACCGAGGUACCCUGCCUGCUAGGCAUCUCAGCUGAAGCGCUGGUGCUGGUGGUGCCACGCGACGGCCGUGUAGUCUUUAACUGCGCCUGUCGCGAUGUGCUGGCCUGGACCUUCUCGGAGCAACAGCUGGAUCUGUACCACGGCCGAGGGGAGGCGAUCACCCUGCGGUUUGACCAACCCCCUGGGCAAGCUGUAGGCGAGGUCGUGGCGCGCCUACAGCUGGUGAGCCGUGGCUGCGAGACCCGUGAGCUGGCGCCGCCCCGCGACGGCCAAGGCCGCCUAGGCUUCGAAGUGGACGCCGAAGGCUUUGUCACGCACGUGGAGCGCUUCACGUUCGCGGAGACUGCGGGACUGCGGCCCGGGUCGCGCCUGCUGCGUGUGUGCGGCCAGACGCUGCCUAACCUUGGCCCCGAGGCUGCGGCCCAGCUGCUGCGCUCCGCGCCCAAGGUCUGCAUCACCGUCCUGCCCCCAGAUGAGAGCGGCCGGCCCCGCAGGAGCUUUUCAGAGCUGUACAGGCUGUCUCUACAGGAGCCCAGCCGGCGGGGGGCCCCGGAGCCAGUGCAGGAUGAGGUCCCUGGAGUGGCCCUGAUGCCCACCAAGAAGCAGGUGCUGCACGUGUGCCUGAAUGAUGGCAGCGGUCCUCCAGGGCCCGGAGACCUAGCCGAGGAGAGGACCGAGUUCCUGCACAGCCAGAACUCACCAUCACCCUGCAGCUCCCUGUCAGAUGAGGCCCCAGUUCUGCCCAACACCACCCCGGACCUCCUCCUGGCCACCACGACCAAGCCGCCAGCACCCAGUGCUGGCAGGGAGACACCCCCCACCCAGGAUGGGCCAGCCAGCCCCAGUGGUGGUGAGGACGGGGGUGACCCAGGCCCAGAGCUGAGGGCCUCCUUCCUGCCACGAACCUUGUCUCUUCGAAACUCCAUCAGCAAAAUCAUGUCAGAGGCGGGCAGCGAGACUCUGGAAGACGAGUGGCAGUCCAUCUCGGAGAUCGCCUCCACUUGCAACACCAUCCUGGAGUCGCUGUCCCGGGAGGGACAGCCCAUUCCAGAGAGUGGAGAUGCCAAAGGAACCCCAAAGUCUGAUGCUGAGCCGGAACCCAGGAGCCUGUCAGAGAAGGUCUCUCACCUGGAGUCCAUGCUCAGGAAGCUGCAGGAGGACCUGCAGAAGGAGAAAGCAGACAGAGUGGCCCUGGAGGAGGAGGUUCGGAACCUGCGGAACAACAACCGGCGGCUGCAGGCCGCAUCGGAGAGCGCAGCCACCCGCCUGCUCCUGGCCUCCAAGCAGCUGGGCUCCCCCACCACCGACCUGGCCUGAGCUGUCUGGCCCAGCCUUGGCCUAGCUGUGGACCUGCUCAGGCCGCCCAGGUCCUUCAGGGCCCCGGGCCCCCUCAGGAACUCUCCCUGCGCAGAGGCGCACCUUCGCACUGCCCCCGCUCCCAAGCCCAUUAUUUGGUGGCGAAGUUUCCCCUACGCCAUUCCCGUUUGUAAAUAUUCUGUGAAGAAAGGGGACUUCAGGGAGUAAAGAAGCCACUGCUAUUUGUGUCUGUGU